AUGACUAAAGGUCAGAAGCCAGAGGCGUGCAGCUCCCUACUGCCCCCGGUCCCAACACCAAGAAAAAAAACAUUUCCUCAUCCUCCUCCCUGCACAAAUCCUGGCAAUCCCAUGUUCUCCUGCAUGCUGGAGCUCAGCACGCUCCUGACCAGCAGUUCUUUGGCAAAGCCUCAGGUUUCGCUGUUUAAAACAACCUCAAGCGAAUACAGCGCUAUAGCACCUACUGCAGAGAUGCUGCCCUAUACAUACAUACCGUCCCAUGGAUCAAACAUUUUCAGAACACUCACUCAUUGGUCACCUCAAGACAGUUAUUUAAAUACCACCAUUGACAGAAGUAGGGCUCAUGACUACCCCAACUUGCAGCAUACUCUGUAGAAACGAGUCUGCUUUCUCACAGACCAGACACUUUUAGAACUCCGACUUUGUUGUUUCAGUUGUUCUGGGAAUAAGUGCCAAUAUUUCAGUUACUUCGUUUUACUGCUACAAGUAAAAGGUACCCAAAAGGAUGUAGCACAUUGAUGACGCACUUCUCUGAAUCACACCUAAACUGUAAAAAUAAAACUUCUGAAACGUAUCAU